AUGAUGUUUGACCCCCAGAAACUUGUAGCAGUGGCCUCUCUGGUCGCGGGUCUCACAGCUCAAGCAAUAGCUCAAGCGACCCCGCCGCUCAAGUACGGCGUCGUGGUGUUCCCGGCCCUCGAGGUGCAGGACGCCAUCGGCCCCAUCGACCCCCUGCAAAUCCUCGCCGCCAGGCACAACAUGACUCUGUACAUCCUUGCCGAAACCAUGGAGCCCGUGUCGAGCCAGAUACCGAUGGGCGUGACACCGUUCGCCCCCAGCAUAGUGCCGACGCACACCUUUGCCAACGCCCCAGACGACAUCCAGGUGCUGAUCGUACCCGGCGGACCGGGUGUGCGCGACCUCGAGAAGACAGCCUCGGCCGAGGCCUACAUCCGGGCGACGUACCCGAAGCUCGAGCACCUCGUCACCAUCUGCACGGGUGGCAUCCUGGCCGGCAGGGCGGGUGUGCUCGACGGCAAGCUCGCCACGACGAACAAGUCGGCGUGGAAGAGCCUGACGCCGUCAGUGCCUGGAGCCAAGUGGGUGGCGCCGGCACGCUGGAUCCGGGACGGCAACGUUUGGUCGUCGUCCGGGGUGCUGUCGGGGAUCGAUCUCAUUCACGCGUGGAUCAAGGACAUGUUUGGCGAAGAAGAGGAGCAGAGGAUCGCGGGCCUGACCGAGUACAUACCGCAGACCAGCCAGUGCGACGAGCCCUACACCGCAAAAUUCAACAUCACGCCGACUGCUGAUAAAUGCAUCGAGGAGUAG